AUGGAUGGCGCCAACGGCAGCACCCCAGACCACUUCGUCCUCCUGGGCUUUUCUCACAGCCCCCAGCUGGAGAGGACGCUCUUUGUGGUCAUCUUGAUAGCCUACCUCCUGACCCUUGUGGGCAACACCACCAUCAUGCUGGUGUCGCGGCUGGACCCCCACCUACACACCCCCAUGUACUUCUUCCUCACCCACCUCUCCUUCCUGGACCUCAGCUUCACCACCAGCUCCAUCCCUCAGCUGCUCUACAAUCUCAGCGGACCGGACAAGACCAUCAGCUAUGCAGGCUGUGCCGUCCAGCUCUUCCUGUUCCUGGGGCUCGGGGGCGUGGAGUGCUUGCUGCUGGCCGUCAUGGCGUAUGACAGGUUUGCCGCUAUCUGCAGGCCGCUGCGCUACUCGGUGAUCAUGGGUCCCGGGCUCUGCCAGGGCUUGGUGUUGGUGGCCUGGGGGUGCGGCAUGGCCAACUCCUUGGUCAUGUCCCCCGUGACCCUCCUCUUGCCCCGCUGCGGACACCGCCAGGUGGACCACUUCCUGUGCGAGAUGCCGGCUCUCAUCCGCAUGGCCUGUGUCAGCACGGCCGCCGUGGAGGGCACCGUCUUCGUGCUGGCCGUGGGCAUCGUGCUGUCCCCGCUGCUGUUCAUCCUGGUCUCCUACGGCUACAUCGCCGGGGCCGUGCUGCGCAUCCGCUCCUCGUCGGGAAGGCAGAAGGCCCUGAACACGUGCGGCUCCCACCUCACAGUGGUCUUGCUCUUCUACGGAAACAUCAUCUACAUGUACAUGCAGCCGGGGAACAGCGCCUCCCAGGACCAGGGCAAGUUCCUCACCCUCUUCUACAACAUUGUCACCCCGCUUCUCAACCCUCUGAUCUACACGCUCAGAAACAAGGAGGUGAAGGGGGCCCUGAGAAGGCUGCUGCGGGGCCACAGCAAGCCCCGGAAGGAAUGAGGUGAGACGCGGGCGGGCACCCGGGCCUGGAUGUCACUGCCCGCGGGGCGCUGGGGGCCUCGGCCCUGCGGGGUCAGACCCCGCGAGCCUUGGCUUGGUUGCCUCUCCUGGACUUCAGACCGCUGUGUUCCUUCUAGCAUUCCACGUGUGUCCGCUGAACCCUCGUCCCGACGAUCGUCUAUACAAUGGUCCAGUAUUGUAGAUGUCCUCUUCAAAAUGGCCCCCAAUCCGUCCAUGCUCAAGACCGACAGGCUCUUCACUGAACACUGA